AAGAGAAGAUAUAUAUACUUGGUGUAGAUUUCUUCUCCUUUGCCAAUGAUAUAAGACAAGACUUUCUCAUCAUUAAUGCAUAUCCUUACUUCAAACUUCAGACAACCACAAGAUGAUCCAACCACUAACUAUGCGCCAAGUGUUCACCUCCAAUAUUCUAUAUAACAGUCUCAUUAGCCUUCCCUCCUUUGUAAAUACACUAACAGAGUGUUUAGUCUUUAUUAUGUUGAAAGAAGAGACCAACGAGAGUGGCUUUGUGGGGGGUAAAGCUGACGAUGAGGAUGAUAGAGAGGUGGCUUCGUGGUUGAUGCUUAAUCUAGGGAAAGACGGUGAUAGUCACAACAAUGGGUUCUUAUUUGGUGUUGAGUAUCUUGAUCUUGUUGACUACAGCUCCAACAUAGACAACCAGUUGGAAGAUCAGCACAGUCACUACGAGAGGAUCUAUGGUGGAGAAGAUGGAGUUGUGCCACUUCAAGUUGAAGACACAACAAGUCAGUUGCAACUAAGGCAUCACAACUUUCAUUUGGGUAACAACUAUGGUUGCUCAACAGGAGCUGACUACAACUACAAUGGUUCCAUGAUGGACAUCAGUGUUGUGCCAGAACCAUCAGAGAGUGACACAACAGUCCAACACCCACGAGAGCCUAAAGAGACGAAAGACCAACUAUCUGGCCCACCUACUCAACAGCUAACUCCAGCAGAAAGGGCGGCUAGGGUCCUGAGAUACAGAGAGAAGAAGAAGAGGAGGAAGUUCGAGAAGACAAUAAGGUAUGCUUCAAGAAAAGCUUAUGCAGAGGUAAGACCACGGAUCAAGGGGCGCUUUGCAAAGAGGAUGGAAACUGAAGCUGAUGCAGAACAACUCUUUUCAACAUCUCUAAUGGCCGGAUAUGGAAUUGUUCCUUCAUUCUGAACUCUUACGGCAGAGAUGAGCUAGAUUGCAUGCUGUAAAUUAAUCCUAGUUUGGAUUUUAUUAUAUUACCACUGUUUCACGUGUGGAUCCUUUGGUUUUGUGAAUUUUGUAGAAAUUAAAAUCCUAUCAUAUGUGAAAUGUUAUCCUC